AAUAAGUUACUUUUUCCAAUCUACCCUAGGCCAUGUGGCUUGGAUACCCAGGCACCAGUGGAGCUCCGUUCAUGGACUACAUUAUCACUGAUAAGGAGACGUCUCCUUUUGAGGUUGCAGAGCAGUACUCUGAGAAAAUGGCCUACAUGCCGAACACUUUCUUCAUUGGAGAUCAUGCCAAUAUGUUCCCUCACCUCAAGAAAAAAGCGGUGAUAGACUUCAAGUCAAAUGGCCAUAUUUUUGACAAUCGCAUUGUACUGAAUGGCAUUGAUCUGAAAGCCUUCCUGGAAAGCCUGCCAGACAUCAAAAUUGUGAAGAUGGAAUGUGAUGGUCAAGAGUCCACUGACAGUAACGGUGCCCUCUCCAUGCCCGUCAUCCCUAUGAACACAGCCGCUGAGGCCAUCAUUAACAUGAUCAACCAGGGCCAGAUCCAGGUCACCAUCAACGGCUUUACGGUCAGCAACGGCCUGGCCACCACUCAGAUUUUUACAGUGGAGGAGGUUAUAGUAUCUGGGACUGUAGCCUUGCAGAUUAAUAACAAAGCAGCAACAGGAGAAGAAGUUCCCAGAACAAUCGUGGUGACCACCCGCUCGCAAUAUGGCCUCCCUGAAGACUCUAUUGUCUAUUGCAACUUCAACCAGCUCUAUAAGAUUGACCCUCCCACCCUGCAGAUGUGGGCCAAUAUCCUGAAGCGUGUGCCCAACAGUGUGAUUUGGCUGCUGCGCUUCCCGGCCGUGGGUGAGCCCAAUAUCCAACAGUACGCUCAGAACCUGGGCCUGCCUGCCUCUCGCAUCAUCUUCUCCCCCGUGGCUCCCAAAGAGGAGCAUGUGCGACGUGGACAGCUGGCUGAUGUGUGCCUGGACACGCCGCUCUGUAACGGACACACCACAGGCAUGGAUGUGCUGUGGGCUGGUACCCCCAUGGUUACUAUGCCAGGAGAGACACUGGCUUCACGUGUCGCUGCCUCUCAGCUCACCUGUCUUGGCUGCCCUGAGCUCAUCGCCCAAAGCCGUCAGGAGUAUGAAGACGUUGCUGUGAAGCUUGGCACUGAUAUGGAAUUCCUGAAGAAGGUCCGCUCCCGCGUGUGGAAGCAGCGCAUCUGCAGCCCGCUCUUCAACACCAAACUCUACACCAUGGACCUGGAGAGACUCUACCUGCAGAUGUGGGAGCAUUACGCCGCUGGAGGCAAACCUGACCACCUGGUCAAAAUGCAGUCUCUGGAGAGCAGCGAGAGCACCUAAGCUAAGCUUGUCCCUGCAUGUCCCCCGCCCCCCCCAGUAUGUGAUGGUCACAGAGACUCUGGAGCCUACAGGUGAGCACUGUGACUACGAUCCCAGCCAGCUUUUGUUUCCAUGAGCCAGAGUGGACAGCAGGAUGCACAAAGCUGCUCCACUGAGACUCCUCCCCCUUUCCCAUCGUCUGACUAAAUUGAUGUUGGUUGGCUCCACUUUCGUUUUGUUUGUUUCUCUGCUUCUAAAGGACUUUUCUGUAACUGAAGUGGACUUUAUGAAAAAAAAGUGGGGUCUGAAAUGAGAAGGGGCAGUCUUACAAUAAUUCAGAAAAUAUAUAAACGUAAUCAUCACAGAUAGGGGCUUUUUUUAGUUGGGUUAUGUGCUGCUUGACCUAUUUUAGCUUUCUGUCAUCAUGACUUCAAUCUGAGUGGCGGAUGCAUUCCCCGGAUCACCGAUAGAGAAAAUGUCCUCUUUUUCAAAACAUGCAAUGUGAACACGCUAAACAGAGGAGUGUCUUAUUACACACUGACAGAAGGCCUGCAAACUGCUCAAGUACCGACUCCUGAUUUUUCUUUCUUUUUUAUGGUUUUAGCAGGAAAGUUCUAGGUAAGUAUGUUCUAAGCUGUUUUGGUUUUGUACACUGUCUUCCUAUUAACUCGUUUUAUUUAUGCACUGGCAGUGUCAAUUCUGCAAGGCUCUUUACAUAAACUGAAAUAAAGAGAUGUGGCAAACCUUGAAGAGAGUUGCACAUACUUGGCUGCGGUUUUGUUUUUGUUUUUCAUUUUCAUUUAUUCUUCCAUUCCUUUUAGGAGCUAACACAUACUGGUUAUUGUGAUCUAUACUGCUGUUGUGCAGGGUGUCUUGUUGCUGACUAAACUGUGAUGUGCACCCACUGUAAAUUUAAUCGCUGUAUUCAGUUCAAUAAAGAAAUGCUAAAUAAUC